UUCCACACUUUUCAAUUCCACAUUCUCAGUUCAGUCACAGUGUGCCAUAACAACAUUUUUUCUCCGCACUUCCUUCACUCAGUCAUGUCUAUGUCCCGAGAUAACUGGGUUACCAAGGCCAUGGCCGACGACACCAUUGUCGCCGAGGAGCUCCUCCGCUUCCGAUACCAGAGGCCCUCCGUUCUCCGCCGCUGGGGCGGCCAUCAGCGCCGCACCCAGAGGAUACUGGUCGGCGUGGGCCGACCUUCCCGCGCCAGCCCCACCACGCCGCUCACUUGGACCUCCGCCACCUCUGUCGACGGCUACGAGGGCUCCACUCGCGCCACCGCACCGCCGCCACUCAAUGCCUCACAAUCUAAGGCUGCGGAUCAAAGUGAAAUUGUUGUCGCUAAAAAGACAAAGAAAAGGCAUCUAACCGAGUUACAACGGGAUGAGAAAAUGAAGCAAAUCGAAAGGAAUAAUUUGAAAGAUGAACUGGCAGCAAUGAAUCUUUCAUUUGAGAGAGAAAGAGACUCGAGCAAAAGUAUAAAGAAACUGAAGAUUCGAUUGAUGGCACGAGAGACUUCUAAUUCAGAACAAGCUGUCCUCGACCCACCUCAGCCUGUGGAGGCUCACUGUGAUCCUUCUAACUUAGCUUCAGCGCAAACAGUCCAAGACAGGAUUCCUGAGAAUGAAUCACUUAUUUGUGCAGCAAGUACAAGUACAAGUGCAGAUGCAGCUGAAGGUGCAAGUGCAAGUGCAAGUGCAGAUGCAGGUGCAGGCUCAAGUGCAGAUGCUGGUGCAAGUGCAAGUGCUCCCUCGAGCCAAGAAGAGAUUAAAGGCCAGAAACCAUUCUUGUUGCCUGAUCUAAAUCUACUUCCAGAUGAGUAUAACACCGACUUUCUUGGAUCAAGCUCGUAAAGAAUAUUCAGCACACUUAUAUUUAGAUUGUGAUCGUUGUUUGCCAUGCGCAACAUAAUACAUAACUUGUGUUAAAUGUAUUUGUUGGUGGCAAACCGAUCACCUUCCCCCAUAGUCAAAAUUAUUGGGAACUAAUUUUUUAAUUCAUGAUGAUACUGAGGGUAGUUUAGAAAUCCUUAUACAUCAGUCAUAGUUCCAUUUUUUUGUAUACCUGUUUUUACAUGGUCCAAAUAUUCUUCGGGGCAAACGUCUUUCCUUUUCCUCCUUCAUUCUAGAAAUAUUUACUAAUAGAUGUAAUUACAUAUUUACAUGAUAGACUGAUAAGAUUUGUGAUUUAUGAGUGGUCUCAAGUUCACUGUGGUUUGAAGGAGAAAUACUUUGUUAUGGAUUUAAAUCCUCUUUUGUUGGGUCAAAUAUUUGGUUUGACAACGUAUUUGGACUCACAUUGACAGACCUAUUGGUCACAAGGAGAGUGGUAGCAAAGUUGGAGAAU